AUGAUUGAUCUAAACACAAAGAGUGAUCGCUUCAAUCCAUUUUCUCAUCCUGUUAGUAUUCCAGGUAUAGAGUAUCACUCUUCUAAAGGUUUUAUGUUCUUUGAGUCAAUGAAAAAAGCACAUGAUGAACUAUGGGCAGCAUUGCGAGAUGAUGAUAGCUCUAUGAUCGGGUUGUGGGGGAUGGGCGGUUCAGGCAAAACCACAUUGGUAAAGGAAGUAGGAAAGAAAGUCAAAGAAUCAAAGCUAUGUGAUGAGGUUAUAAUUGCAACAGUUUCCCAAACUCCAAAUAUUAUGAAGAUUCAAGGUGAAAUUGCGGACUUAUUAGGACUCAAAUUGGAGGAAGAAACUGAAGUGGGAAGGGCAAGAGGAAUUGCAUUGAAAUUACAAAGUUCAAACAAACGAAUUUUGAUUAUAUUAGAUGAUGUAUGGGAUACGCUGAACCUUGAGGAUAUAGGAAAUCCCCAUAGGGAUGAAGGCCCAAGAAACUGUAAAAUUCUUCUCACCACACGUCGUCAAGACGUGUGUACUAUGAUGGAUUGCCAGAAAACAAUUUCCUUGGGUUUGUUAACAGAUGGGGAAGCUUGGGAUCUAUUUCAAACUCAUGGUAGAGUAGAUGAUGGUGUUAGAAAAGUGGCCCAAGAAGUUGUCGCUGAAUGUAAGGGACUACCCAUUGCAAUUGUGGCCAUGGGGAAGUGCUUAAGAAGAAAAGGACCCGAUGAGAUGAAUGUGGUAUUGCACAGGUUGAGACAUUCAAAGCCACUUGAUGAGGAUAAAGCUUUUACUUGUCUUAAGCUAAGCUAUGAUUAUUUGAGAACUACAGAGGCCAAGUUGCUGUUCUUAGUAUGUGCUAUGUUUCCUGAAGAUCAUGAAAUCGAAAUUGAAGAUCUUUUUAGGUAUGGAGUUGGAUUGGGCCUAUGCAAAGAUGCUGACUCAUUUGAAAUAGCAAGGAGCCAAGUUCGAUCAGCUAUAAAUGUUCUCGUUGACUCUUCAUUGUUGAUGUUUUCUGUCAACUUCAGAAAAGGAAAAUGUGUGAAAAUGCAUGAUAUGGUUCGUGAUGUAGCUUUAUGGGUAGCAAAGCAAGAGAAUAGUACCAUUAUGGUAAACAAUGCAAAAGCAUGGAAUGAAUUGAUUUCUGAUGAAGUUAUAAAAGAUUGCUAUGCUAUAUCCUCAUGGUAUGAUGAUGGUAUAUUAUUUCAAUUUUUGCCUCAACUGGGUGCUCCAAAACUUGAGUUUCUAUUGUUACAUUCAGUGGAACUUGUUGAUAUAUUACAUGCAUCAUUUAAAGGCUCUACAGGACUCAAGGCAUUGAUUAUUAUGUGCAAGAAUUGGCAUAUGAUUGAGCUACAACCUCAAUCAAUUCAACACUUGUCCAAUCUUCGAACUUUGCAAUUGCAAGGUUGGUAUUUUGGUGACAUCUCUUUCGUGGUAAGUCUUAGAAAACUUGAAAUUCUUGAUUUGCGAAGUAGUUGUUUUGAAAGAAUGCCAGAUGGAAUUGAAAAAUUAAACAAGCUGAAGUUGUUAGAUUUGUCAAGUUGUAGGAUAGAUGAAUGUUGUUAUAAAGCAAUAAGAAGUUGCUCACAAUUAGAAGAGUUGUAUGUCUCCAAAACAUUCUCCACACGCAAAACAUGCAAAUUGCUAUGA